UCACACUGACAGGUUAGUGUCCUCUGCGGCACGCGAAAGUUUAUCCACUCUCUCCGGAACUUCGCAGCUCACCCUCCGAACUGACGUUUGCUGCUCCCGGCUCCGGUACUGACUGACGUGCGGAUGUUUCUCUCGAGCACUUUUCAGAACUUUUCUGCGGGAUUUGUUAACGUUUGUUAGCCAACUUUAAAAGAGCCGUUUAACGGAGACGCAUAGUUUCCGAGCCGCGUAGCUGUGAGUUUAUUUUAAACCGGAACUGAGGGGCAAACUAAUUAAUUUACCAUCCACCUGAACGUGACGGAGCUCGUUUUUGUUUUUGUUUUUGACGUCUCGGUUAUUCGCUUUAUUCCCGCGACAUUUCGCUCUUAUUUUAACCGGAUAUCACAGGAAACUUGGAAACUUUCCCGACAACUUGCAGGAAAAUGGAGUCUGGAAGCAGAUAACAUUAAGCGACCAGGGGAAACAGACAUUAUUUCCGCUUCAUCGGCCGGGUUUUAACGAAACACCUCCGGGACUGUGCGAGCCAGGAUGCCCGGAGAGUCCUCCGUCAACUUCGGCGUCCUCCACCGGAUUUGUAAGCUGGUGGUGCUGCUCUGUUUUCUCCACAUCGCCGUCACUGUGGUCUUCUAUGUCCGCUCCUACGAUUUCCGCCUCGCCUUCGUUCAGAAUCAGCAGUCCAGUAAUAACAUCCCUAAGAUCCAGAAUAACAACCCGGUGGUGACCUCCGGACUCGAGCCUGCGAAAGACGGGGAUAAAGUCUCCGAAGAGGGGGAAGUCUUGGAGCAGCCGGUGAAGAAGCUGGAGAAAUGCCCCGAGACGUCCCCCCUGCUGGUGGGUCCCCUGCGAGUGGAGUUUAACAUUCCUGUAAACCUGGAGCUGAUAAAAAAGGAGAACCCCAACGUGCAGCCGGGCGGACGCUUCAAACCCAAAGACUGCGAGGCGCUGCAGAAAGUGGCCAUCAUCAUCCCGUUCCGCAACCGAGAAGAGCACCUUAAGUACUGGCUGUACUAUCUGCACCCGAUCUUGCAACGGCAACAGCUCGACUACGGGAUCUACGUCAUCAACCAGGAUGGCGACGAGACCUUCAACAGAGCCAAGCUGCUGAACAUUGGCUACGCGGAGGCCUUGAAGGAGUACGAUUACAACUGCUUCGUCUUCAGUGAUGUCGACCUCAUCCCCAUGGACGACCGCAACACCUACAAGUGCUUCAGCCAGCCUCGGCACCUGUCUGUGUCCAUGGACAAGUUCGGCUUCAGGGUGGCAUCUAAAGGAAUGUCCAUCUCCAGAGCCACCGGUGAAAUCGGGAAGUGCCGCAUGAUCCGACACAACAGAGACAAGAUGAAUGAUCCAAACCCACAGAGGUUUAACCGGAUUGCUCACACUCGAGAGACCAUGUACAAAGACGGCAUAAACUCUCUGAAUUACCAGGUGGUGAGCAUCCAGAAGCUUGACCUUUUCACUAUGAUCACCGUGGAUGUGGGAAAGCCAUGAAGGAUCUGUGGCACCGGGACCAGGCUGAAAUUCACACCGUGCCUCUGACACUUGAAGCUUUAAGUUCUGGUUCUGCUCCAGAACUACUGGACUGUUUCCAUGAUUUUUCUUUUUUUUGUUUUUUGGGUUUUUGCACAAACAGACUCAUGGUUUGUGGAGUUUUUUCGGGGCCUUAAGGACUCAUUUCUGAUUGGUCAGCUGGAACCAAUCAGCUCCCACCAUCUGUGCGUCAGACGCUGCUGCUGGGAUAUUUCCUAAACAAGACUUUUGUUUUGAAAAUCAGACAAUCAGAGCGGCCCUCAGGGUCAUGUGGUCUGGGCUUUACUGCUGGAGGAUUAGGGGUUAUUGAGUGUGUCUGUUUUACCUUUUUUAAAAAUCAGGUUUUCAAUCAGUGAUCAAUGUUUCUUUUCUUUUUACAGCCAAAGUUUAAUCCAAAAUGAAACAAGAGUCUGUUCCUCAAUAGAUUCUAUUACUAAUUAAUCAGCACUGAUUGAUUAUCUGCUCGUUUUGAUUCCAACAAAACAGAAAAAAAGAAAAAUGAUAGAUUAUCGGUGAUGGUUGGUUUCUCUGUUGACUGAUUAGCUGUACUUCAUUUUGAUUGAUUGAUUGUAUCUCUAAGUGUCCUUAUUGGUACCAAAGACUUUACUGAUCCUGUGGAUGAGGUCAACUGACUGCUGGACAAGUUCGUUUGAUUAUUGAUGACCCAUAUUGAUUCAGUGUGUGUUAUCUGUCCUGCAUGCUCAUUUUUGUCUGCAGACCAGUCUCCUCCUAACUCUGUGAACAAAUCACCUGUAAAUGUGCCUUAGUGGUGGGACUGGUGGAGAAGCCAGUGUAUGAAUGUGUGGGUUCUUUUUGUUUUUUUUUUUUUCCCCUUUUAAUAUGCCAUGUGUAUGUUCUUCUUUGUGUCUUGUUUCACUCGGUGUUUGUGGUGUUGUCUCUGUGGGUCAUGCUGUGCUGUAGAUAAUCAUUUCCAGGGUGGAGGUCAGCCUGACCCACAGAGAUGAAACGUGAAUGGGAACACAGCAGGCUAGAAAAAAAAGAAAAGGUAAUGAUCCUUUUAAAAGCACUAAAUUCAGAUUCAUAAAACCAGUUAAAUUAAUAAAUACCUGAAAUCAGAUUUCUGUCCUGCUGCAGUGAUUUUGGCUAUAAUAUGUUUCUGUAUGUGGACAUUAAAGAUGAUGUGUUGGGCUUUUCA